GCAAAGCUCUGCGACUUCGGGCUGGCCCGUUCUCUCCCCAGCGGUUGCAGUCAUCUCGACUCCAUCCAGCUGGGAACUGGAGGGACCCCCGCAUACCAGGCUCCUGAGGUGCUGAAGCGCCUCCCUAUCAACCUCAAGGUGGACUUGUACGGGUUCGCCAUCACUCUGUGGGAGAUGUACACGGCGCUGCUGCCUUGGAACGAGUGCACCCUAGAGCAGAUGGCGACCCGAGUUGCCCUCUAUAACGACAGGCCUCCGAUCCCCUCGGUC